AUGGUGUCUUCGACGUCUUUAGCCGCCGCGGUUGCGGCUUUCGCCAUGGCUGCCGAAACUGUGCGGGCCCACGGCUAUAUGGACAAGCCUCUUGCCCCCUUCAAGGACAAGAAAACCUCGGAGUGGGUCGUGGAGAUUGACCCGCAAUGGAAGGGUGACUGGGACGCAGCCAAGGGUGACGAGGGCCUCGUGGCCCUCUACAAGCAGCUCAAGAAGGCCAACAACGUCAAGGACAUCCGCACGAUGAUCGACAGCGACACCAAGCUCUACGGCGAGGACUGCGGCUUCACCGACCCCAAGGGAAAGCCUCAGGACCCGCCCACCACCGGCGAUGCGACCUUUUCCCGUGGCAUCGUGCACGCUGGACCUUGUGAAAUUUGGCUCGACGAUAAGAUGGUGCUGCAGAACGACGACUGCCAGAGCGCCUACGGUGACGGUACGAAGGCAACACUCUCGGUCUUCAAGCCUGUGGACUACUCGUCGUGCGCGUCCGGAGGUUGCAUGUUCCGCUUCUAUUGGCUGGCGCUGCAGCGUCGCGACAGCAAGACGUACUGGCAAGUGUACAAGAACUGCAUCCCUCUGACCGGCCCAGCUGGAGGAGGCGCCUCGCAGAGUACCCCGUCGACUGGCAGCGGCUCCAGCACCUCGCAGACGUCGCCCUCGAGUGGU